AUGAGCGCGAGCCGAGACAAGGCUCAGGUGGGUGACGUCUCUAUUCCGGCAGCGGCCGCGGCGGCAGCGGGGAGCCCUCCGGAGCGCCUCCUGGGGGACCCCGCGCCCGGCUGGCAAGCGGACGGCGGCAUGGAGAGCCGCGCCGAGCCGCGCCUGGCGCCCGGCGCCGAGCCGCUGCCGCCCGCCUACUCCUGCCCGGUGGUGGGCAGGGAGCGGGCCGGCAGCGAGCUCUCCGGCGGCGGCGGCGGCGGCACGGGCGGGCCCGAGGGGGCGGGCGCUGCCCUGCCCGCCGCGCUGCACAGGACCACGUCCUUCUCGGUGCUGGACAUCCUGGACCCCAACAAGUUCAACAGCCGGAGCCGCCGGCAGUGCGCUCUCCUCUACAAGGCUGCGGCCGGCGCCGCGGAUUACGCGCUGGCCACGGACGCCCAGAAGCCCGACGGCGACGCGGGCGCCGAGGCCAGGACGCCCACCGAGGACGGCCAGGCGGGCCGGCGGACCAAGGCCUCGCCCGAGGCGCGCAAAGUCCCCGAGCCGGGGCGGCUGCAGAGGAACGCUGGCCGCGGGCGGGAAGCGGCUGGCUCGCCUCUGCCUUUCCGGAGCGAGGCCCGGGGAAGACCGGCCGCGUCGCCGCGGCCCUUCUCCUCCUCCUGGCUUUCCGUGAGGGCAGUCGCUGGUUCUGCGAACGGUGCGGGGCUUCGUGCCCCGAAAUCGGCCGGCCAGCGGGCCUGCUGGUGCAAGGGCUGCGCGGCAGGCCCACCGGGGAGAGGCCCGUUCUUGGGGAAGGCUCGGGGCGCGAGAACUUGUUCGGGCGCCGCGGGAGGCCACGCCAGCGCACCGAAACUCCUGCACGUGCCCUGGAGGCCCAGCCAGAGGGAGGAGACGUGUGGCAAUUCCGACGUGCUGAGUUUAAAAGGAGGAGGGCACGCCUGGGUUCGGGAAGCCUCGGGAAGGCAGUCCCGGGGGCGCCUUCUUCGGGCCGGGGCGGGUCGCGGGUCUCGUUCCGCGCCUGGGAGCCAUAAACGGAGGACGCGCGCCGCCCAAGCCAUCUCCAGCCCCCGGCAGCCCCUGCCCGGUGCCUGCGGACGGACAGGCCAGAGGCCGGGCCGCGGGGAGUCUCCCGACCCGCCGGGACUGCAGGGCUGCCGCGGCCCCUCGCGCCUCGCGCAGGGAAAAGAGCCCGGCCCUCCGCCGCGCUCCGAAGCGGCCCGGGGACGUCGGGAGAUCAGGCCCGCGGCCACGCGCCCCGCUCGUCCCGGGGCCGUGCGGGGGGCGGUGGGGGCCGCAGGCGCGCCGCCUAACCGGGUUGCUUGUCGCGCAGAGGCUGAGGCGGAGGCGGGCGCCGGCAGGAGCCCGUGCGCGGAGAGCGAGGCGCCGGACGACGACGACGAGGACGAGGCCGAGGACGAGGACGAGGACGGGGAGCUGUGCAGCGAGGGCAGCAGCGCCAGCGAGUCGGGAGGCCCCGGCGCAGGCGGCGGCCUCGCGGGCCCCGUCGAGGCGGGCGGCGGCCUCCGCCCGGACGACAGCGAGGCGCCGCCGCCCCUCGCACCGCCGCCGCCGGGAGGGGCCCAGGGGAUCGGGCCGCCGCCUCCGCCGCCGCCGCCGCAGCAGGCCCCGGCGGGGCCCCCGGCGGGAAAGGCCAAGCGGAAGCGGCCCGGCUCGGACUCCAAGUCGGGCAAGCCCCGGCGGGCGCGGACGGCCUUCACGUACGAGCAGCUGGUGGCGCUGGAGAACAAGUUCAAGGCGACGCGCUACCUGUCGGUGUGCGAGCGCCUCAACCUGGCGCUGUCGCUCAGCCUGACCGAGACGCAGGUCAAGAUCUGGUUCCAGAACCGGCGCACCAAGUGGAAGAAGCAGAACCCGGGCGCCGACACCAGCGCGCCCACGGGCGGCGGCGGCGGCGGCGGCCCGGGCGGCGGCCCGGGCGGCCUAUCGGGCGCGCUCAGCCCUCUCAGCCCCUCGCCCCCCAUGGCCGGCCACGGGCUGGCCAUGCACGGCCCGCCAGGCGCCUACGCCGGCCACCCCCCCGGCGGGCUGGUGUGCGCCGCGCAGCUGCCCUUCCUGCCCAGCCCCGCCGCCGUCCUCUCGCCCUUCGUGCUGGGCUCGCAGACUUUCGGGAGCCCUGCUUUUCCCGCUCCUCCCCAGAGCGCGUGCCUCUCGACCGGCCACGGAAAUCGAAGGAAGCGGAAGAAUCUUGCGAACGAGUUAUUAUUGGAUGCGAGCGGGGCUCUGGACUCCGGGCGCGAGGCGCAGCGAGGGGCGAAGGCAGCCCCGGAGAGGGAGCCCUGCGGGCGAGGAGAGGCCCUGAGCCCCCGCCCUGCCGGCCCCCGCGCACCCGAGCGGACUGGGGAGAGCCCUGCUGGGGCCUCCCGCACCCCCGCCGCCCGCCCGCCCGCGGAAAAGCGCGAAGGCGCAGCUGCCCUCGCUCGGAGUGGCCGUCCUGACGUGGCACAGCGACACGGGAGAGCGCCUGGGAGGAGGCACGGCCGGGGUGGAGGCCGCCCCGUCGCCCCCGAAGCAGCCUCUAAACCUGGCCGGCCCCGCGCAGCUCCCGGAGGUCCCCGCAGAGUGCGCGCCCACGUCCAGAUCCACCGGACGUCCGUUCUCGCGCAUCGCCGCAAACGCGGAUCCCAGGCGGGGUCUCCGGAGAAGCUGCGUCGUGCGACUGUGGCGGGAGAGGCGGAAGCUCGCCGGUGGAGCCGCGCUGGAGCCGCCCUGAACGGCGUGGGCAGCAAGCGAUGCGCAGGAAUUCGCUCAGCGCCGGAGCGGGACGGCGGCGCGGGGGCGGGCGAAUGGCCCUCGGAGAAAAACCGGGCGAGCCAGCUCAGAGCUGGCGGCGUCCUGCCGAGCCGCCGCGUCCGGAGCUGCGAGGCUCCGGCUGGCCUCGCCGGGACAGCGAGCCCGGCUCCGACUCCCUCGGCCCGAGGGGACGACCCGGGCACGAAGGCGCUUCCCGCCCGAGAGAGCCGCGCGGGCAGGGCGAGGAGCGGGGCUGAUGCAGGGCGACCUGCGCGGCGGAUGGGGCGCCCCGCGCUGGCCCGGGAGAGGGCCGGGAGGGCCCCGCGGAGCGGCCGGCGGGUCCUCGUGGGAGGGAUGGGGCAGCCUCUCCAUCGCUCGGCCGUGGCUCGGAGGGGACCCAGCGCCGCUCCCCGCUUCUCGGCCCGGGCGCGUUCCAAGGAUGUGCCGAAGCAGCGGCCAGCUCGCAACCCGCUGCUGCAACCUGCGCUCAGUCGUGCCUGCGGUGCUCCUGGGGUGCUCCCCUUCACUGCCCGAUCCGCGCCCCCAGAGGUGGUCGCCGCACCCGGUUUCCGUGCCGGGGCGGGGGAUGCCGCCCUCCCUGCUCUGCGCUGGAGCGCCUCCGGACCGGCAGCCUCCCCAGAGGCGGCCCCCUCGCUCGGGAGUCGGAGGCACGAGGCCGCGCGAGAGCCCAGGCUUCCCGCAGCGCGGGCGCUGGGGAGAGAGCCUCCCCCCACCCCGGGGCCCCGGAAAGGGCAGGCGAUGCCGGGGCUUGUGAUCGGCCUGCCCCUUCCAGGCCCAGUCUCAGGUCCCCGGAGCUCUCUGGGUGACCGAGGGGGAGCUACGGUCCCCUCGCCUGGCAGGCCUCACUGGGCGGGGGGAAGCGGCAGCGCUGCCUGGUGCAAAGCCUCCGGUGACUGCGGAUCGUGCUGGCGCUGA